AUGCCCUUCUCCACAGUCCCGUUCAAUCGCGACCCUGAUUUUGUGGAUCGCCCUAAUAUGCUGGCUUGGGUCCACAAGAUGUGCGCGGCCCCAGGCAGUCGAGCUGCCCUUGUUGGUCUCGGUGGCGUAGGCAAGUCGCAACUUGCAAUUCAGUACUGUCAUGAUCUUCGCGAAGCGUCGCCGCAGACUUGGGUGUUCUGGGUGCCCGCCAACACAAGGGCACGCUUCGAAGAAGCAUACCGUGGCAUCGCGGAUCGGCUCGAGAUUCCCGGCCGAAACGACCCCAAGAUCGACACCCUCCAGCUGGUAACAAAUUGGCUGCGCGACGAGGGCAACGGGCAGUGGGCCAUGAUAUUAGACAAUGCAGAUGACAUCGGGGUAUUCUAUCCCAAACAGAAACGCGGAAGAGACGAUUCCGAAGACAUCCCAGCACCAUUCGCAGUUUUCCUGCCCCAGAGCCAGAACGGGUCCAUCUUGGUGACAUCGCGAAGCAAGGAUGCGGCAACUCGGCUAGUAGGGGGCUACAAAAACAUCAUAAACGUGAACGCUAUGGACGAGAGCCAAGCUAUACAGCUUCUACGAAAGAAGUUGUGUGACACUUCAGAGGAAGACGGGAUAGCAGCGCUAGUCCAUGUUCUCGGUUGCAUACCUCUUGCGAUCUGCCAAGCCGCAACAUACAUUAAUCAAAGCGCGCGGAUGACGGUAUCACGCUACCUAGAGGAGUUCAGGAAGAACGACAAAAAGAAAAGCAGCUUGCUCAACAGAGACGCAGGCGACCUCCGUCGCGACGAAAGCGCGUCGAACUCGAUAGUCACUACGUGGGAGAUGUCGUUUGAGCAGAUCCGCAAGGAGAGACCCUCAGCAGCAGACCUGCUGUCGCUGAUGAGCUUCUUCAAUCCACAGGGGAUUCCAGAGUCUGUGCUUCGCGUCCACACAACCAGGGCAACACCUACAGUGAAUCAGCCUAUUCUAGAUUAUAACGACAACGAUGUUGGUGAUUUCGACGAGGACCUAAACAUCCUCGUAGCCUACUCGCUAGUCAGAGUGACGGCGGAUAGCGACCUCUGCGAAAUGCACCAGCUGGUGCAGUUCUGCACGAGGGAGUGGCUGUCGUCUUUCGAUCAGGCUGACUGGUGGAGGCAGAGGUUUAUGGCAGCAAUGGCACAAGAGUUCCCUAACGGGAGCUUUGUGAAUUGGGCAAGAUGUCAGACACUGUUCCCUCAUGUGGCGCCAAUGUUUGAGAGUGAGCCAGCUCAGGAAGAACUGCUUCAAGACUGGGCACAUGUGCUUAGCAACGCUGGAUGGUACCUAUGGAUGAAGGGGCAGUAUAGGGAAGCUGAAAGAAUACUAGUUAAGGCAGUCAAGACAAGAGAGAAAAUAGCAGGGCAGAGCAGUCUUAGUACGUUGGUUAGCGUGGGCAUUCUAGCGUUGCUAUUGCAGAGUCAGGGGAAGUACGAGGCGGCGGAGGAGAUGAACCGGCGAGCGCUGGAGGGAAGAGAGAAGGGGAAGUACGAGGCGGCGGAGGAGAUGAACCGGCGAGCGCUGGAGGGAAGAGAGAAGGCGCUGGGGAAAGAGCAUCCCGACACCUUGACCAGCGUAUACUGUCUGGCUUUCCUUUUUCAUCAACAGCAACAGCAUGAAGCUGCUUUGGCCUUAUAUCAAAGGGCAAGCAGCGGAUAUCAGCGCGUGCUUGGUGUAGAGCAUCUUACUACCAAAGCAUGCUCCCAGCACUAUAUAUCUCUAGUACAGGAAAUGCAGCGAGGACGGUAA